GUAUUAACCAUAGAUCCUCAAUAAAUCUAUAGAAGAAAGUAAUGUCACUUCGCAACAAGUAACAACGACAUCCAGGCCAAAAGGUGAUGUAUGCAUAAUAUAAAGCGUUAAGUUUUUGCUAAUGCAAUAGUUGCUGGUAUUCACUAUAAAUACCAAACAAAAUUAUGAGCAAGUAACUAAACUAAAUUCUCAGAGCCAUUGUUUCAUUUACAAUUUUGUUGGUCACAACCUUUAUCUAGCUUGGUGAAAUGACAGUAAGGUUAGGUCGUGAAAUUUGUAAGCCACAUUGGCUACUGACAAAUUUAGUUGUAUUGUUUUUUAUGUGCAAAAUAUGCCAAAGCUUCAAACAUGUACACAAGCAUUUCAACUCGUCCGGGAAAGCUUUGCACUGGUCGUCUGCUGGCGCAACGUGGUACGGAAGCCCUAACGGUGCUGGAAGUGACGGAGGAGCGUGUGGUUACGGAAACCUUGUAUCAGAAGUUCCAUUUGCUUCCAUGGUGACCGGAAUUGGGCCAUCGCUAUACAAGUCGGGCAAGGAAUGUGGAGCUUGCUACAUGAUAAAAUGUAGGAAGCAUCCGUCAUGUUCGCGUAAAAUGGUGAGGGUGGUGAUAACAGACUUCUGCCCAGGAGGAGUUUGCUUAUCUGAUGCUGCCCAUUUCGAUCUCAGCGGGACUGCAUUCGGCGCCAUGGCCGUCCCCGGCCAACAAGACAAACUUCGUGAUGCUGGCAUGCUGCAAAUCCGAUUUGCACGGGCUCCGUGUGACUACUCGGGGAAAAAAAUCGCGUUCCACGUGGACCAAGGGUCGAAUCCUAACUACAUGGCGGUAGUGAUCGAGUAUGAAGAAGGUGACGGUGACCUGAGGCGGGUGGAUGUGCAGCAAGCAUCGAGUAGUGAUUGGCUAGAGAUGAAGCAGUCAUGGGGCGCAGUUUGGCAGCUGAACCCGGGAUUUGAGCUCCGCCCUCCUCUCUCCAUUCGCCUCACCUCUCACUAUUCACUCCAAACUCUUGUAGCCAAGAAUGUCAUCCCACUUGCCUGGCGCCCCGGUGCGACUUAUAGGUCCCUUGUUAACUAUCUUUGAUUAAUAUUGUGGUUUUUGUUUGAUUCCGAGCUGCACUUUCAUAUCUAAAAUUGCAUCAUGGAUUCAUUAUUUUAAUUAGUGGCUAUGAGUGAAAUGUGGUGGUCAUCUU